AUGAGGGUGGCAGGAUUCAUGAACGCCAUCACCUCCAAAUAUCUUACAAGGGACUUCAACAAGUGUCUACCCAAAACCCUCGAAGAAGCUCUUGAAAGGGCCGAAGCUCAUAUUCGAGGAGAGGAAGCCGUUGACAUCAAGGAACAAAGGAAAAGGCCACCUAGUUGGCGAAGCAACAGCCUUAAUAGGAAGAAAGAGAACUUUAAUUCCUAUGACAAACGUCCUAGAAGCUCAGAUCAACGAAGGACUGAAGGUCGGAACCCUCCAAGCAGGGAGGAGACCGUAAACUUCACAGCUCUAACAAAAACCCCACAAGAGAUCCUUGCUACCGAAGAAGUAAAAGAAAGCUUCCGACCUCCUCGACCCUUACCCAAGAGCAAGAGAAAUGAAAAUUCCACUCAGUAUUGUAAAUCCCAUGAAGAAAAAGGCCACCAUACAAACGAUUGCUUUCAACUCAAGAAGAGAAUUGAAGAAGCUGUCAAGUCCGGAGAACUAGCCCAUUUGGUAAAAGGGGUGAGGGACAAGAUAGCCGAAGGAAAAAGCAAAGAAGUAAACAUGGUGACUUUCAAUGAAAAAGCUUCCCACAAACGGCCACGCUUGGAGGCUUGGGAGCUUCAAUGUGUCUGCUUCCCACCACCAGAAGGGAACUUGCUCUCGAAACCUUUGGUGGUUGAAGCAACUGUGGGAACAAUUAGAACAAGCAAAGCUUACAUUGACACAGGGGCAACUACCAAGAUCAUGUUCGAAAAAUUUUUCAGUCAUCUAAACAAUGAAGAAUGUUCUAAGCUUCAACCACCUGAGUCCUCUACAAAAGGUAUCGCUGAUAUACCCCUCAAGCCUUUGGGCCAACUAACCCUUGAUGUCUAUUUUAAUGAAGGCAAGAUGGAAAGAACCAAACCACUCACUUUUGUGGUUAUCAACAUUCCCUCCAAGUAUGAUGUAAUCAUAGGAAGGCCAGGGCAAAGUACAUUCGGUAUGGCUGUUUCGGUUAGUCAAGGCACCGUGAAAUUCCCUACCGGGAGAGGAAUUGCAACCCUUCAACAUACCCAAGAAGCUUACAUGGUUGAAGGGGAAAGCUUAAAGAAUGAAGAUGACGAGCAAGGGCUGAUCAUAAACCCCAAAUAUCCUGAACAAAGGAUAAGGGUUAACACAAGCCAUUCCAAAGAGACCUUCUCAUACCUUGAGAAGUUGCUAACCCACAACAUGGACAUCUUUGCAUGGUGUCCUAAUGACAUGACCAGCGUCCCUCGGGAUAUUGCCGAACACGAGCUCAAGAUCCCGCCAAACGUGAAACCCAUUGUUCAGCAGAAAAGAAGUCUAGCCCCUGAUCGAAGCCUAGCAGCAUGCAAAGAGGUUGAAGGGUUGGUAUAA